UAUCAACCCUACAACAUGGCUGCCUGGUAUUAAUGUGAAUUUUUUGGACGACGUAUGCUGCUGAAUUUUUAUUGUAUAACAUACAUUAUCAUCUUAAGAUAAGUUUAAAAACAUUCUCUAAGUGUAUAUAUGUAUAUGUAUAUGUGAUAACUAUGGCUAUGACUGGCCAAUUAUUGGCUCAAAUUGAGCAGAUUACGAUUGAACUAGUCGCAAGCAUAAUAUCCGAAGAAAAGGUAACGAUCCAAGUACCACGAUACCUUAGGAGCAGGUCUAGUCUAGCAUAUCGCAAGAUAACGUUUAAUCGUCGCCCAAGUCGUCAUCGAUUUUGCCUGAUUGUUUAUCUGCUAGCCGAGAUACAUCGUUUGCAUGUGUUUGGCGGCAGUUGCACGGUGCGUGGUCUCUAUUAUCGUGAUACUCAAAUGAUCAGAUCUCAAUCGUAUAUCGACGCCGCGAAACUGGAUGUUUGCCAUAUGCUUAACACGGCGCCGGUUCAACUGGGAUUAUUGUCGGCGUCCAAGGGUCUUAUAGCAGGCAAUGUCACAUUUCUGAUGAACAAUGGCGAUGUUCUGGACUGCAAUGAAUAUUCCCGUGCGCUCACAUUGCCAACGGACUUUGAGAACGUUGAGCGCAUUGAAACCAGCGCUGAGAUGGUCUUAAUUGUGGAAAAGGAAUCCGUUUUCGAGAGUUUGUUAUCGCAACAAGCUUUCAGUACAUUCGGCUUACGUUUUAUUCUGUUGACGGGCAAAGGAUAUCCGGAUUGCUCAACUCGUCGCAUUGUGCACAGACUCUCGGUUGAGUGCCAGUUGCCGGCUUACAUCCUUGUGGAUGCCGAUCCGUUUGGCAUCGAGAUUAUGCUCACUUAUCAGCGCGGCUCUCAAGCGAUGUCCUUUAGCUCGCACAGUCUUGCCACGCCUUCGUUGCGCUGGAUUGGACUGCAUCCUUCGGAAAUGCAAAGUGUCUCCAACGCUGCUGCGUCUCUCACCCAAUUUGAUAACAAGAAAAUUGUUGAUUUGCUAGCCAGAAACAAUCUCAGCUUUGCUGUUAGGCAAGAGUUGAUUAGUUUACAACAUUCACAGCGGAAGGCUGAAAUCGAAAGUGUUAUUGACUUUUUAAGUCCUUACUAUAUACCCACUAAAAUCAAUCGCAAUUUAUUCUUGACCUAAAGCACUAAAAUGGGCUAAGGUUUAUACACUUAAUAGACAAAACUUUACUUUAUGAAUUGUAUUAUUUAGAUGCAUAUUCUGCUGUACAGAAAUAAUACUGAUUCAUUCAAAUGUAAUGCAUAUAAUAAAGAAAUUUCUAUUCUUGGAAUAGAAUGCCACAUGAUUCCCCUAAUCGAUAUUUCCAUUUAACCCGAUGCAAACAUUUAGUUGUAGCAUUGAAAGUUCACUGUCCGCAUUCGUCAGACAGACAAUAAAGCUCUUUAAUAUUAUUAUGCUAAUAGAUUCAAAAUGCUUUUAAUCCUUGCGCUUACUACUUGCAAAAAUACUUGUCUCUGCAUUGCCUUUUUAUUGGUAAUUGUUUUGUUUACUUUGAAUAAUGAAUAAAUUUAUUUUUUAGAUGAGUGAGUGAUAUCUGAUGAAGAGACUGUUACGAGAUUCUGAUUGAGUCAGAUUUGGUAGAUUUAAGCCAAGUUUUCAAGAUUAAAGUGUGUAUAAUACAUAUAAAAUUAAACCAUAAAGUGACA